AUGGGUAUCAACGUCAAGUUUUCGGACCUGUACCGGGCGCCUGAGGUCAAUCCGAUCACCAGGAAAGCCCGGUCGAUACCCGUCCUCAAUGUCUUCAACAUGUAUGGUCGGGUGUUUUUCUUCUCAUGGUUCGGCUUCAUGAUAGCCUUCUGGGCCUGGUACACAUUUCCACCUCUUUUGACUGUCACGAUACGAAAAGACCUCAACCUCACCGCUGCGGAAGUCGCCAACUCCAACAUCGUCUCUCUGGUCGCAACCCUCUUCGUCCGCAUGGUUGCAGGCCCGCUAUGUGAUCUCUGGGGCUCCCGAGUCGUUUUCGGCGGCGUCCUCCUCGUCGGCGCCAUCCCUCUAGGCCUGGCCCCUCUCAUCCAGAACGCCACGGGCCUCUACGUGAGCCGCUUCUUCAUCGGUAUCUUGGGCGGCGCCUUCGUUCCCUGCCAGGUCUGGUCGACGGGUUUCUUCGACAAGAACGUCGUUGGUACUGCCAACGCAUUGACGGGUGGUUUUGGCAACGCAGGUGGUGGCAUCACCUACUUCAUCAUGCCUGCCGUCUUCGACAGCUUCGUGCACAGGAUGGGCUACACCCCCGGCCAGGCCUGGAGGCUGACGUUUAUCGUGCCAUUGGUCAUGAUCAUCGUCACCGGCGCCAGCCUGUUGCUUCUCUGCCCCGACACGCCCACUGGCAAGUGGAGCGAGAGGCAUAUGCACGCGCAGCAGAUUGUGAGCCAAGUCAACAACAACACCGACGCCACCAACCAAGACAAGAUCGUGGAUGUUCCGGGAUCCAUCACCGACAAGGGUCCAAACAUGUCAAACUCUUCGGAAGGCAACAGCUUUGUGGAAGACAAGGAGAAGACAAACAAGGAAAAGGACGAGCAGGUUGGUGAGCUCCUGGAUGCCGAGGCUGGGCGGGUAAUCAAGAACGACACCGCGGUUCAGAACACCGACACCAUCGCCAAGCCGACAUUGGGCGAGUCCCUCCGCGUGAUGGCUUCGCCGCAGACGCUGGUACACGUUCUCACGUACUUUUGCUCCUUUGGAGGCGAAUUGGCCAUCAACGCGAUCCUGUCGUCCUACUACCUCAAAAACUUCCCCGAGCUGGGCCAGACGGGCGCCAGCAACUACGCCGCCAUCUUUGGCUUCCUCAACUUCAUCACGCGGCCCCUCGGCGGCGUCGUCUCGGACCUGCUGUACAACGCCGUUGGCAGCGGCCCCCGGGGCCUGUGGCUCAAGAAGGGUUGGAUUCACGUCUGCGGCGUCUCCACGGGCGCCCUGCUCAUCCUCAUCGGCCAGCUCAACCCGCACCACCAGCCCACCAUGCUCGGGCUCGUCAUCUUCAUGGCCUUCUUCCACGAGGCCGGCAACGGCGCCAACUUUGCCCUCAUCCCGCACGUCCACCCGCACGCCAACGGCCUCGUUUCGGGCAUCACGGGAGCCGGAGGAAACCUGGGAGGUGUCGUCUUUGCGGUCAUCUUUAGGUUCGUCGGCGGCGGCACCGGCUAUGCCACGGGCUUUUGGAUCAUUGGCACCGUGCACAUCGCCAUUAACAUCGCCACGGCGUGGAUCAAGCCGUUGCCCAAGGGGCAGGUGGGGGGUUACUGA